CAGUAAGUCGAUUAGUAAUUUACAAAGUGUUGCGUUGCCUUCACAUAACCUUUUAAAAAAAGAUGGAUUAAAUCGCUUAAUCAAUGUGCAUUCUAUUUAUUUUUCUUUCCAUAGAGGGCGCUUAAGUGUGUUAGUGAAUAUUAGUGAAUAGUGUUACUGUUUAAGCUUCCUCAGAAAAGUGAAGAAGACUAACCGACAAAAUGUGACCGGACUUUUAGAAUCGAGAAAGGCUUGCUGGCAUGACCACAACCAUUGUAUGAUACCACGAAUGCGUUAAAUUUAGCGCUCUUAGCAGUAGUCCUGUAUCACGGUAGUGUCAAUGUGGUAGUUACUCUACAUUCAAUGCCUUGCCUAGAGACUCGUUAGGCAAAGCCAUUGAGUUUCCAGUGAGAAACUAUGGGUAAAGCACCUCCAUUAUCACAAUUUUUCACUGGCCGUGUAUACCAUGGAAGUCGUGGCAUAGCCCGUAGAGUUUCAUAUACUGUAGGAAACUCUAUGGCAUAGCUGGCACCAACGUUGGCGUCGUGGUGGCAUCAUUCAAACUCGGCAAGCGUCACAUCCGGUUUCUGCUGUUCUCCUCACGCGGCUUCCGGUUUCCUUCCGCAACUUGUGGGGGGGGGAAAACAGACAUGGCAGCGAGGAAGAUGGCCGCGUCCACGGUGGUGCAGCGAAACCUGCCGUACCUGCGACAGCAGUUCCUGGCCGCGCUGCAGACUUGCAGCGCGGUCGUCAAAGUGCUAAGCCUGGCCGUGUUCCUCUGCUACUUCCUCUCCUACAGCCAGGUCGCGUCGCGGGCCGUGUGCGUCACGCCGGGCUACAUCAUACCGCCCAGCUUCUGGAUAUGGACCGCGUUCACGCACGCGUUCUUCGAGAACAGCGUCUGGAUGGUGAUCGCCGACAUCGUGACCGUCGGGCUGUGCGGGAAGCUCAUCGAGCCCCUCUGGGGCGCCAUCGAGAUGCUCACUUUCUUCGCCAUCGUCAACACGAGCGUCGCGUUCCUCUCGGUCGCCUACUACAUCGUUCUUUACUCGAUCACCUGGAACCCGGACUACCUGUUCGCCGUGCGAAUCCACGGGCUGGCCGGCUAUUGCGCUGCCGUCAUGGUGGCGGUCAAGCAGAUCAUGCCCGACCACGUACUGGUACCGUUGCCGUUUGGCAAGAUCCGCAACCGGAACGUUCCCCUAACGGUGCUCCUGGGCUCGAUCAUACUGUGGGCAUGUCAGGUGCUUCGAGGCACCUACCCGGUGAUGUUUGCCUCGGGCGUGCUGUCGUCGUGGGUCUACCUGCGCUUCUACCAGCACCACAGCAACGGCAGCAAGGGUGACAUGGCGGACCACUUCACGUUUGCUAGUUUUUUUCCCAACGUGCUCCAGCCUCCCAUCGCUCUGUUCAGCAACCUCAUCUUCAACUUCUUUGUGAAGAUCAAGCUGUGUAGGAAGCCACCGCGAAAGUACAACCUGUCCAGUGGGUCUGCAUCCACCGUCACCAUCAACCUCCCGGGCACCGAUCCUCAGGAUGCAGAGCGGAGGAGGCAGAUAGCGCUGCGCGCCCUGAGCGAGCGGCUCACAAAGGUGGAACAGCAAUGGCCGCUGCUCUCCGACGAGGACCAGUCCUCGACAGCCAGCAGCAGCACGACGGCGGCGCCCUCUCUGGGCACCCCGCUGCACCAUCAAAAGCCGGGCCCUUCGGGCGAAGGGCCCGCAUCAUCUCAGGUGGCCAUCGCCAUUCCCAGCCUACCGCCGCCGUCUGCGCGAGAGAUGCCCGCCAGCCGCGAGUCGCCGCACGACAGCUCCGCCAAGGCACAGUCCUUGUUGGAUGCAUGACCCUCGACGAAUUGAGCGGCGUCCGUGUGGGUGAUUGAGUGGAAUCAUGCAUCUCCCAUCCGAAAGACUGGAGACGGAUGAGCAAGAUGUCACUCCAUAGUCACACAUUUGUAUAUAGACUGUCAAUGUGAAAAAAGAAACACGCUGAAGAAAAAACAUGUUGAUAUAAGGAAAGGGUUGCACGUCAUUCCUAUACCCUUCACCUACCAGCUGAAGAUGGGAGCUGUGUACAGAAGAGACACUCCGUAAUUAAUGAAAAUGGCUUUGGUGUGUGUGCGUGCAUGUGUGUGCAUGAAAUAAACAAUUGUUCUUUCUCGUCUUUCUUUUAGGCUGCGUGCGAAGGAGCGCACGUGUUAAUGCUGCACAGACUGCCUUUACAGGUGCUUUGGAAUCCCAUUGUGUACAGAGAAACGUGUAUUUAAGAAAAAAAAAUUAAGAGAAAAGCUUCCUGAGCGAAAUAAACAAGUGUCGUUUAGCAAUGUACAAAA